UAAAAAAAGGCAGCCAGAAGACCUUAUAAAUGCAGAGAAUGAGAUGCAUCUUUCUUUUCUGUGGAGUGGGGCCCUUUAUGGAUUAUAAUUUGGCCAAUCAAAUCCUGCCCGGUAACAGACAACUGAUGAUCAAAAGGAACCUUUAAAUUUUACACAAACAAUCAUUAGGAAACAUGGUGGGACUGAAACCCUCAGAUGUUCCCCCUCCUCUGGGGGUGAAGAUGGCGAGUGCCGGGGCAGCAGCCUGCAUAGCUGAUAUUGUCACAUUUCCUCUGGACACAGCCAAAGUCAGACUACAGAUUCAAGGAGAGAAGAAGGCAGUGGAAGGAAUCCGCUACAAAGGGGUGUUUGGGACAAUCAGCACCAUGAUCCGGACAGAGGGGCCCAAGUCUCUAUACAACGGGCUGGUAGCUGGGCUGCAGAGACAAGUGUGCUUUGCCUCUGUCAGAAUUGGCCUCUACGACAACGUCAAAGAUUUCUACACUGGUGGCAAAGACAACCCUGGUGUACUGGUACGUAUCCUCGCUGGCUGCACUACAGGCGCCAUGGCAGUGUCCUUUGCACAACCCACUGAUGUGGUCAAGGUUCGAUUCCAAGCCCAGAUGAACCUGAAUGGUGUGGCCCGUCGCUACAGUGGCACGAUGCAGGCCUAUAAACACAUAUUUCAGAAUGAGGGCCUUCGUGGACUCUGGAAAGGCACACUGCCCAACAUCACAAGAAACGCGCUAGUCAACUGUACAGAGCUGGUUACAUACGACUUGAUCAAGGAGGCAAUCCUUAGACACAAACUGAUGUCAGACAAUUUGCCUUGCCACUUUGUCUCUGCGUUUGGGGCCGGUUUUGUUACUACAGUGAUUGCUUCCCCAGUAGAUGUGGUGAAAACCAGAUACAUGAACUCACCACCAGGCCAGUACAAGAGCGCUAUCAACUGCUCGUGGACCAUGUUGACUAAAGAGGGGCCUACGGCUUUCUACAAAGGAUUCGUGCCCUCGUUUCUGAGGUUGGGAUCGUGGAAUGUUGUGAUGUUUGUCUCAUUCGAACAAAUCAAGAGAGCCAUGAUGGUCACAAAGAAGAGGAUUGAGGACAGAAAUUGAGAUUCCUGUUUCCAGGUUUGACUGGAAAAACCUGAAGCACCGCUGGGUUGGCGCAUCGCAGAAGAAACCUAAUGAAUAUCAAUUCACAUUUUAGUUUUAUUCUUUUUGUUGUUUGUUGUUGACAAAGAAGAAAAUCCUUUGUUGAAAAAGGAUUAUUGGACAAUCUACCUUGAAUUUUGACUUGAUGUUGAACAGAUGUGUGAAAGCAAUGCAGCUGUAUCUUUAUAUUUAUAAUUUUGAACCCAUUAAAAUUUUUAUGGGAGUGAAUGGUGCGAACACUAGGCAGUGAAAACCGCCGUUGGGAAGGUUCAGACCAGUAAAUCGAAAUCUGCCAAUUAUACAUUUCAGGCAGCUUAAACCAGUACACGUUUUAUGAGAAAUAACACUGAUACCCAUAAUCAUAUGUCAAACAUGUUUAUGUAAACUAAAUAUAUUUGACUUGUUUUACAGACACUGUGCUUGCUUAACUAACUUGUGGUAUUACUUGUACCACACGAAUGACAUUUCAAAACAUUAACAUGUAUUUAUUAACUUUGAGUAAGAUGUGUUAAUCAUUACAUACCUUCCACACCAUAAAAAUAAAAAGGUAAGUCUUUGCAGUAUCUCAGACAUACAAAUUUAUGAAAAAGGAGGCAAGCAACAUUUUUGAGUUCCACAUCACCUAUAUUACAGAAUACAGAUGACAUCAAGGGCAAUACAUUAAAACUUAAAUUAAGUUUCAGCCAUGGUCUCCGGACAUAAAAAUCAAAUUCCUGAGCAGGACAACUGUGAGAACACGCAAGUCUUGUUAAAUAAAUACAAACAAGACCUCUACAAACAUGGUAGUUAAUCACCAUUUUUCAAUGACCGCAACAACUUGGCUGCUCGCUCACUGAAAGUACUUUAACCCUUAAAAAAGAAAGACCUGUUUUCACUCUGUAGCAGCUCUCAUUUCCUCUUUAAAAAAGGUAAUUUAACCUUGGAAUGCUCAGCUUUUGAGGUAUAGGGUGUUAGAGUUGUGCUGUAUUUUGAAACCCUUAACUAUCACUGUGACGAGAUGAACAGAGCAUGACUAAUAAAUCACAAAAUCAAA